GUGCCUUUUACAUUUUUUUUUUUAAUCGUAAUCAACAACAACCUAACGAAGCUUGAUCACCUCCCUUCCCCCGUCAGAAAACAUCCACCGUGAGCUCGCUAUGCGCCGGCUGCAACGUGUCCCAUUGCGCGUCUGCGCACUCGCCCUGUCACGGCGCACCGUCAUCUCAGGUCAGAUGCCGACGGAAGGCAGCGGUGCUGGCGGCACCUCCCAAGGCUGGGAGAUGCGACGCGGUCAUCACCUGCAGAGCAGCGUAGGGCUGCACAGCCCUAUCCACACCGCAUGCGGGCGCGACUUCAACCCGCAGGUGUACUACGAAGUGCUGCAGGCCUGCUGCGAUCAGCAGUGGCUCGUCGCAAUCCAGCGGGAGCUGCGAACUGACACGGAGUACAUCAACUAUCUUCGUCAAAACGGUGGGGCGGCGAAGGACUUGCGCAUGCUGACGGAUAGCGUACAGCACGACGAUGAGUUUAUGGUGAAGUUGAAGGAGAAGCUGAAAACGGAUGAUAAGCUCUCGCUGACGCUGUGCGCGGUGCAGGACAGCUACGAGCGCAUUCGGAAGAAGCGCGACCACCACGAGACGCAGGUGGCGGCCGAUGGCGGCCGCGACCCGUACGCGUCGAUGAAGAUGAAGCAGAAGGGCGAGUUCGGCUCUCAGAUGCCGCAGUUUUAG